CGUUCUUCUUCGGGCUACAAGAAGGCAGAUGAUGAGAUGUCCCGGGCCACGUCUGUUGGGGACCAGCUGGACGCACCAGCCCGCACCAUUUACCUCAACCAACCGCAUCUCAACAGAUUCCGUGACAACCGGAUCAGUACGGCCAAGUACAGCGUGUUGACGUUUCUACCUCGAUUCUUGUACGAGCAGAUCAGGAGAGCUGCCAAUGCCUUCUUCCUCUUCAUUGCCUUAUUACAGCAAAUUCCAGAUGUUUCUCCAACAGGAAGAUAUACCACCCUGGUGCCAUUGAUCAUUAUUUUAACAAUCGCAGGCAUCAAAGAGAUUGUAGAAGAUUUUAAGCGACAUAAGGCAGACAAUGCAGUUAACAAAAAGAAAACGAUAGUGUUAAGGAAUGGUAUGUGGCAUACCAUUAUGUGGAAAGAGGUAGCCGUGGGAGACAUCGUGAAGGUCGUCAACGGGCAGUGUCUUCCCGCAGAUGUGGUCCUGCUGUCCUCCAGUGAACCUCAGGCAAUGUGUUAUGUUGAAACAGCCAAUCUCGAUGGGGAGACGAACCUUAAAAUACGUCAGGGUGUGAGUCACACGGCUGACAUGCAGGUGAGGGAGGUGCUGAUGAAGUUGUCUGGGAGCAUAGAGUGUGAAGGGCCCAAUCGCCACCUCUACGAUUUCACCGGAAACUUGAACUUGGAUGGGAAAAGCCCUGUUGCCCUUGGGCCCGACCAGAUCUUAUUACGAGGUACACAGCUGAGAAACACUCAGUGGGUGUUCGGCAUAGUUGUUUAUACUGGACACGACACCAAACUCAUGCAGAAUUCCACCAAAGCGCCUCUCAAGAGAUCGAAUGUGGAGAAAGUAACUAAUGUGCAGAUCCUGGUACUCUUUGGCAUCCUCCUGGUCAUGGCCUUGGUGAGCUCGGUGGGAGCCCUGUACUGGAAUGGGUCUCAAGGAGGAAAGAACUGGUACAUCAAGAAGAUGGACACGAGCUCAGACAAUUUUGGAUAUAACUUGUUGACCUUCAUCAUCUUGUACAACAAUCUGAUUCCCAUCAGUCUACUGGUGACCCUCGAGGUUGUGAAGUACACACAAGCCCUCUUCAUAAACUGGGACACAGAUAUGUAUUAUCUAGGAAAUGACACUCCUGCCAUGGCCAGGACAUCAAACCUUAAUGAAGAGCUUGGGCAGGUAAAAUACCUGUUUUCUGACAAAACUGGAACUCUUACAUGCAAUAUCAUGAACUUCAAGAAGUGUAGCAUUGCUGGGGUAACCUAUGGUCAUUUUCCAGAAUUGGCAAGGGAACCAUCAUCAGAUGAUUUCUGCCGGAUACCUCCUCCGCCUAGUGACUCAUGUGACUUUGAUGACCCCAGACUCCUGAAGAACAUUGAGGAUCAUCAUCCCACAGCCCCCUGCAUCCAGGAGUUCCUCACCCUCCUGGCCGUGUGCCACACCGUGGUCCCGGAGAAGGACAGAGAUAACAUCAUCUACCAGGCCUCCUCCCCAGAUGAAGCUGCUUUGGUGAAAGGGGCUCGAAAGCUGGGCUUCGUCUUCACAGCCAGAACGCCCUACUCUGUCAUCAUAGAGGCCAUGGGACAGGAAGAGACAUUUGGAAUCCUUAAUGUCCUGGAGUUUUCUAGCGACAGAAAAAGAAUGUCUGUAAUUGUGCGAACCCCUUCAGGACAGCUUCGACUCUAUUGUAAAGGGGCUGAUAACGUGAUUUUUGAGAGACUUUCUAAAGAUUCAAAAUACAUGGAGGAAACACUAUGCCAUCUGGAGUAUUUUGCCACGGAAGGCUUGCGGACCCUCUGUGUGGCUUACGCCGACCUCUCUGAGAGUGAUUAUGCAGAGUGGCUCAAAGUCUACCAAGAAGCCAGCACCAUCCUGAAGGACAGAGCUCAGCGGCUGGAAGAGUGUUACGAGAUCAUUGAGAAGAAUUUGCUGCUGCUUGGGGCCACGGCCAUAGAAGAUCGUCUGCAGGCAGGCGUACCAGAAACCAUAGCAACUCUGUUGAAGGCAGAAAUUAAAAUCUGGGUGUUGACGGGCGACAAACAAGAAACUGCAAUGAACAUAGGCUAUUCCUGCCGGUUGGUGUCACAGAACAUGGCCCUUAUCCUACUGAAGGAGGAUUCUUUGGACGCUACGCGGGCAGCCAUUACUCAGCACUGCGCUGACCUUGGGAGUCUUCUGGGCAAGGAGAACGACGCGGCCCUCAUCAUCGACGGGCACACCCUGAAGUACGCGCUGUCCUUCGAGGUCAGGAGAAGCUUCCUGGACUUGGCCCUCUCGUGCAAAGCGGUCAUAUGCUGCAGAGUGUCCCCUCUGCAGAAGUCGGAGAUAGUGGACGUGGUGAAGAAGCGGGUGAAGGCCAUCACCCUGGCCAUCGGGGACGGUGCCAAUGACGUCGGGAUGAUCCAGACGGCCCACGUGGGUGUGGGCAUCAGUGGCAACGAGGGCAUGCAGGCCACCAACAACUCGGAUUACGCCAUCGCACAGUUUUCCUACUUGGAGAAGCUCCUGCUGGUUCACGGCGCCUGGAGUUACAACCGGGUGACCAAGUGUAUCCUGUACUGUUUCUACAAGAACGUGGUCCUCUACAUCAUCGAGCUUUGGUUCGCCUUCGUUAAUGGAUUUUCUGGGCAGAUUUUAUUUGAACGUUGGUGCAUUGGCUUGUACAACGUGAUUUUCACGGCGCUGCCCCCCUUCACUCUGGGCAUCUUCGAGAGGUCCUGUAGCCAGGAGAGCAUGCUGAGGUUCCCGCAACUCUACAAGAUCACCCAGAACGCCGAGGGCUUCAACACCAAGGUUUUCUGGGGUCACUGCAUCAACGCCUUGGUCCACUCCCUCAUCCUCUUCUGGUUUCCCAUGAAAGCGCUGGAGCACGAUACUGUGCUGGCCAAUGGUCAUGCCACAGACUAUUUAUUUGUUGGAAAUAUCGUUUAUACGUAUGUCGUAGUUACUGUUUGCCUGAAAGCCGGUUUGGAGACUACAGCUUGGACAAAAUUCAGUCACCUGGCCGUCUGGGGAAGCAUGCUCAUCUGGUUGGUGUUUUUUGGCAUCUACUCAACCAUCUGGCCCACCAUUCCCAUCGCUCCAGAUAUGAAAGGGCAGGUCACCAUGGUCCUGAGCUCUGCGCACUUCUGGCUGGGAUUAUUUCUGGUUCCUACCGCGUGUCUGAUGGAAGAUGUGGUGUGGAAAGCGGCCAAGCACACCUGCAAGAAAACACUUCUGGAGGAGGUGCAGGAGCUGGAAAGGAAGUCCAGAGUGAUGGGAAGAGCGAUGCUCCGGGACAGUAACGGAAAGAGGACCAACGAGCGAGACCGGCUGCUCAAGAGGCUGGGCAGGAAGACGCCGCCCACCCACUUCCGGGGCGGUUCCCUCCAGCAGUCAGUGCCACACGGGUACGCCUUCUCGCAAGAGGAGCACGGGGCCGUGACCCAGGAAGAAAUAGUCCGCGCCUACGACACCACCAAACAGAAAGCCAGGAGGAAGUAAGACGUGGUCUCCCGGUGGAGCCUCCGAGAGAGAUGGUCUGCUGCACCCAGUGUCAACACGUGCUUGUCAGAGGAGACGGGUGUCAGUGGCCAAAACACCGGAAACACAUCCCGUGGCCUUAGCCCACCCGUUUGUUAGUUCUCGAUGCCCUCAGAAACCUGGACACGGGCCGCAGGGGAAGCCACCUUCCCCCUUCCCACUCGUCCAUCCGCAGUGCUUGGCCUGACUUUUGUUUACGCUGUUCCGAAGCAUUCAACUGUGCCCUGUGAGGUGUGAAAUUAAAAACA